UGCGGAGUAAAUCUCUAAAACAGGAUGGAAGUGUCUGUAAUCCUUCCUGUGGAAGCGGAGGGAUUUGUUCAGAGUCUGAAAACUUUCUCUCUUAAAGAAGUGGGAUCGACAAGGUGGUUCAAACAGCACGAGUACAUCGAGAAACUUAACAUGCAGGCGAUACUGAAUGCUUCUGCCACGCAUGAUGAGUUUGUUAAAGAGUUCUUAGUGUCACAUGGAAAGGUACCUGUUCUGAUCCAUGAGAUGAUCCUUGUUGAAGUGUGGAAACACAAAAUCUUCCCCAUCUUAUGUCAGCUGCAAGACUUUAAUCCCAAGAACACAUUUCAGCUUUACAUGGUGAUCCGCCAUGAAGCCACAAUCAUUAAUCUGCUUGAAACAAUCAUGUUUCAUAAGGAUUCCUGUGAGGCAGCUGAUGAUGCUGUUCUUGACUUGGUGGAUUACUGCCACCGCAAACUCACCCUUCUUGUCAGCAAAGCCACAAGGGAAGGCAUUGCAACUCACGGGCAAGAAAAGCUGUCAGGGAGCACAGCUGUGUCCACCAAAAAGGAGUUACAGUCACAGAGCGCUGAAAUGGAGUUUGAAAUCUCCCUGAAGGCCAUCUCUGUGCUGCGCUACAUCACAGAUCACACUGACAGUAUCAGUGUUAUCACCCGCAUGCUGUGCACCCACAACAUGCCGUGCGUAUUGGUUCAACUGAUUGACGCCUGUCCUUGGAGUCGCCGUAAAGAAGGUGUGGUGGAGAAGUAUAUAAAUGGAAAAUGGCAGAAGAUUCCUCCUGAGAAUCACUUAAUGAUGACAAAACUUGAUGGUCAAGUCUGGAUUUCACUUUACAAUCUGUUGCUGAAAGAAGACUGCCAAAGGAAGUAUGACUUCAACAACUUUAACAAAAGCCAGCUUCUAAAGCUACGAGGUUUUCUGACUGAGGUGUUGGUUGAUCAGCUGCCGAACCUGGUGCAGCUGCAGCGUUACCUGGCUCAUCUUGCUGUUACAGACCCCGACCCGCCAAAAAAAGAGCUAAUUUUAGAACAAAUCCCAGAGAUGUGGAAUAGCAUUGUCAGAGAGAAUUCUGGGAAGUGGAAAGCAAUAGCAAAGCAUCAAGUCAAGGAAACAUUCAACCCAUCUGAAAGUGACCUGAGGUUACAGGCACAGAGAUUGGCCCAGACGUACAACUUAGAUGUGAUGGAGAGUUUACUACCUGAGAAACCGAAGUGUGCAUCCUGUGGGAAAGAGGCUACCAAGAGGUGCUCAAGAUGUCAGGGAGAGUGGUACUGUCAAAGAGAAUGUCAGGUAAAGCACUGGCCAAAGCACAAGACAGUCUGUCAGCUGAUGGCUAAAGCCACAGAGAUGAUUCAGAAGGACCUACAGAUCAACAACUGAGAAAGACAGCCAGGACAUGGACAGACAACACAUCUGCUUAUGUAGUUUACAUUUAGACUCCACCUCAUGAAAUAGAACAACUUCUUUCGUUUUAAACAGGAAAACUUAGUUUCCUGUUUCAGUGUUAGG